AUGAGUCCUCAAGGUGUCACCCGCAAGAGACCUGCCCCGGGCACAUCCCCCGUCGUCCACCCCCAACUCAACCCCCUCUCGACUUAUCCUCAGAACACCGGCAAUUCACUCUCCAACGAUCAGUUCCUACAAUGGGGUCAGAAUCCGUCCCCUAACGCCUCCAGCCCCUCGUACCCCGAUACGAAUCCUUACAGUGCUACGGCCUACACAUCGAGCCCAGAUGUCCCUGCUGCCACCGUUCCGGCCUCGGGGCAGCUGGCACGUCGGCAGACCCCGACGCAACAAUUGGUCAGUCGGGGACGUGGAUUUGAACAGACACAGACGCCUUUCCCCGACCACGGGAACGGGAACGGAGAGUCCGGGGGGUGGGGGGAGAGCCUGGAGGACCUUUACCAGCGUGCGAUGGUUGCGAAGAGGGACUCGCAAGCCAAGAGGAAGCAGAUCCCGCCAUUCGUACAGAAGCUAAGCAGCUUUCUGGAUGAGUCCAAAAACACGGAGCUUAUCCGAUGGUCGGACGACGGAAAUUCUUUUAUCGUGAUGGACGAGGACGAGUUUGCCAAAACACUUAUUCCAGAACUAUUCAAACACAACAACUACGCCUCCUUUGUCCGCCAGCUGAACAUGUACGGCUUCCAUAAGAAGGUGGGGCUAUCAGACAAUUCAAUGCGGGCCAGCGAGCGGAAGAAUAAGAGCCCCAGCGAAUACGCGAACCCUUACUUCAAGCGCGGCCAUCCGGACCUUCUGUGGCUGAUCCAAAAGCCCAAGAAUACGGCAGGCCAAGGUAACAAGAUAGGAAAGGGGAAUGUGCGGGUGAAGACGGAGGACGUGGAAGAGGACGAGGACUACGGGGACGAGAUGGCGCCGUCGCGCGACGACCGUGCGCGCAACCGGCAACUGUCCCUGGUCACGAAUAACAACUCGAUGCCCAAGGACCAGCUGACAGGGGUGUACCGCGAGCUGCAAGCCAUCCGCCAGCAGCAGCAGAUAAUCUCCAAUACCAUCAGUAAGCUCCGGAGAGAGCACGAGCAACUCUACGCGCAGGCCGCCAACUUCCAGGAACAGCACACGCGCCAUGAGAACUCGAUCAACGCCAUCCUCACCUUCCUGGCAACCGUCUACAACCGCAGUCUGCAGGGACAGGAGGGACCGCAAAACCUGGCCAACUCCUUCGCCGGCGCGAUCUCACAGGACCAAGGUAACGUGGUUGACAUGGGGGAUGACUACUUGCUGAGCACCCUAGGUGCUUCUAAUCUCAGCAAUCUCAACAGCCCUGGCGGUCAGCGGUCGAUGAAGAAGCAGCCGCUGCUGCUGAAAGCACCUCCGGGGUCGGAUCGCCAGAGUCGUGCCACGACGCUGUCACCCGCGACCAGCGCGUAUGACCGGUCACAGUCGCGCGGACAUGGCCGGCAAACGAGCACGUCGCAGCCGGGGCAUGUCGAAGAGGUGUUCGACAACAGCCCGCGGCAGAAGGAGUCCACGCCCGCGAGCCAGCAGUUCCCGCAGCGCGACAUCAUGUCGGUCAUCCAGAACACCAACGCGCGCAACGGGAUGCCGACAACGUUCGCCGACUUCCCCAACGUGCUGUCCUCGCUUGAGACGUCCGGCGGCAACUCGCCUCUGACCCCCAACCAGCGCGCCGACAUGCUGCGCCUGAUGGCCAACGAGACCAUCGCCGGCGGCUCCCACGCGCCCGUCCCCCCGAACAACGCCCUGGUCACCCCCACACCGCCCCCUAUGCCUCACAACUACUCGGGCCCCCCACCGGCGCCAUCCCCGGCAUCUGCGCCGACGGCAGCCUCCCCCCUCCCCCCCCUCGACCUGGACCAAAUAUUCAGUAACGACUACUUCACGGAUAUUGCCGAUCUCGAGCACAACAAAGCCAACCUCGACUUUGGCGACGCCACCGCCCAAAUCCCCACUACCACGUCCGCCGACCCCGUCGUCCCUUCCCACGACGACCCCGCCAUCAAAGACGCCAGCGAACUGUUCGACUUUGACCACAUCCCCGCCGACGGUGACCUUUUCGGCACCGCCAACCCCCAGAACCACUCCGCCACCGCUGCCUUCUAUAACAACAACAACAGCAGCAGCAGCAGCAGCAGCAACUUUGACGGCACCGGCUACGGCGGCGACGCCCCCCUCCCCAUUGACUCUGGCCGUAUCGAAACCCUCCCCGACAGCGAAUCCACCAGCCCGGCUGGCACCGUCGACGACGGCCUGCAGUACCGCGGCGCAUCUGACGCGGCAGAUUCCCAGGCCAAGGACACCGGGGCCGCCAAACGGCGCAGGAAGGCGUGA